GUUUCUUUCACGUUUUCCGUAAGCGCGCAUGCGCCGCCUGCGCUCCGCCGCUCCCGCCUCGGGCUCGGGCUCGGGCUCCGGGAUGUCCGCGUUGUGCGACCCUCCCGGGGCCCCUGGGCCUCCCGGGCCUGUCCCUGCCACCCACGGUCCCGCGCCUCUCAGUGCUCAGGAGCUGUCCCAGGAAAUCAAGGCUUUUCUGACUGGUGUAGAUCCCAUUCUGGGUCACCAACUCUCAGCUCGGGAACAUGCUCGCUGUGGUCUUCUGCUGCUCCGAUCUUUGCCACCUGCUCGGGCUGCUGUGUUGGAUCACUUGAGAGGUGUUUUUGAUGAGAGUGUCAGAGCCCACCUGUCCGCUCUAGAUGAAAGUCCUGUAGCUGGCCCUCCCCACCUCCGUCCACCUCCACCUUCCCAUGUCCCUGCUGGGGGACCUGGUCUAGAGGAUGUGGUACAAGAAGUACAGCAGGUUCUGUCUGAGUUUAUCCGAGCCAAUCCAAAGGCCUGGGCACCUGUGAUUAGUGCAUGGUCCAUUGACCUCAUGGGACAACUGAGCAGUACAUAUUCAGGCCAGCAUCAGCGUGUCCCCCAUGCCACUGGCUCUCUCAAUGAACUGCUGCAGUUGUGGAUGGGCUGUAGGGCCACCCGCACGUUAAUGGACAUCUACGUGCAGUGCCUCUCAGCUCUUAUUGGUAGCUGCCCAGAUGCAUGUGUGGAUGCCUUGUUGGACACGUCUGUCCAGCAUUCUCCACACUUUGACUGGGUUGUGGCACAUAUUGGCUCCUCUUUUCCUGGCACCAUCAUCUCCCGAGUCCUUUCCUGUGGCCUUAAGGACUUUUGUGUCCAUGGUGGGGCUGGAGGUGGAGCUGGUGGUGGUGGUGGAAGCUCUUCUCAAACCCCCUCUACAGAUCCAUUCCCUGGGUCUCCUGCCAUCUCUGGGGAGAAACGGGUGCCCAAGAUUGCCUCAGUUGUAGGCAUUCUAGGGCACCUGGCUUCCCGCCAUGGAGACAGUAUCAGACGGGAGCUCCUUCGAAUGUUCCAUGAUAGCCUGGCAGGAGGCACUGGCGGCCGAGGUGGGGAUGCUUCUCUUCAGGCCACAGUUCCCUUCCUGUUGCAGUUGGCAGUCAUGUCACCAGCUUUGCUAGGCACAGUCUCUGGAGAACUUGUGGAUUGCCUCAAGCCCCCAUCUGUGCUGAGCCAGCUGCAGCAACACCUGCAGGGCUUCCCUCGAGAGGAGCUGGACAACAUGCUGAACCUGGCUGUGCACCUGGUGAGCCAGGCCUCUGGAGCAGGUGCCUACCGCCUGUUGCAAUUCCUGGUGGACACAGCUAUGCCUGCUUCAGUUAUUACCACCCAGGGCCUUGCUGUGCCAGACACUGUGCGAGAGGCCUGUGAUCGGCUGAUCCAGCUGCUGCUGCUGCACCUGCAAAAACUGGUUCAUCACAGGGGAGGGUCUCCUGGGGAAGGGGUCCUGGGCCCACCCCCACCUCCUCGCCCAGUGCCCUUUCUAGAUGCGCUAAGAAACCAUGUUGGAGAGCUGUGUGGAGAGACAUUACGGCUGGAACGGAAGCGCUUCCUGUGGCAGCAUCAGCUCCUUGGCUUGCUAUCUGUCUAUACUCGGCCAAGCUGUGGACCUGAGGCCUUGGGUCAUCUACUGAGCAGAGCUCGAAGCCCUGAAGAAUUGAGUUUGGCAACCCAGUUAUACGCAGGGUUGGUAGUCAGUCUCUCUGGCCUCCUCCCCCUGGCCUUCAGAAGUUGCCUGGCUCGGGUGCAUGCAGGGACUUUACAGCCUCCCUUCACAGCCCGGUUCCUGCGCAAUUUGGCACUGUUAGUGGGCUGGGAACAGCAGGGUGGUGAGGGCCCUGCAGCCCUAAGUGCCCAGUUUGGGGAGUCUGCGUCAGCACAUCUGUCUGACCUGGCUCCUCUCCUGCUACAUCCUGAGGAGGAAGUAGCUGAAGCUGCUGCCUCUCUCCUGGCUAUCUGUCCCUUUCCUCUGCAAGCCCUGUCUCCCUCUCAACUCCUGGGACUGGUAAGGGCUGGGGUGCAUCACUUCUUUGCCUCUCUGAGGCUGCAUGGACCUCCAGGUGUGGCCUCAGCCUCCCAGCUUCUCACCCGACUUUCUCAGACUUCCCCAGCUGGGCUCAAGGCUGUCCUACAGCUGCUAGUUGAGGGAGCCCUACACCGGGGCAACACAGAACUGUUUGGAGGGGAAGUAGAUGGGGAAAAUGAGACUCUCUCAGUUGUUUCAGCUCCUUUGGCUUCUGCCUCCCUGUUGGACACUAAUCGGCGGCACACUGCAGCUGUUCCAGGUCCUGGCGGGAUCUGGUCAGUUUUCCACGCUGGAGUCAUUGGCCGUGGCUUAAAGCCACCCAAGUUUGUUCAGUCUCGAAACCAGCAGGAAGUGAUCUAUAAUACCCAGAGCCUUCUCAGCCUUUUGGUGCACUGCUGUAGUGCCCCAGGGGGCACUGAAUGUGGGGGUUGCUGGGGUGCUCCCACCCUCAGCCCAGAGGCAGCCAAGGCAGUAGCAGUGACCUUAGUAGAGAGUGUGUGUCCUGAUGCAGCUGGAGCUGAACUGGCCUGGCCCCCAGAGGAACAUGCCCGGGCCACUGUGGAGCGGGAUCUUCGUAUUGGCCGACGCUUCCGGGAACAGCCCUUGCUUUUUGAGUUGUUGAAGUUGGUUGCAGCCGCUCCCCCCGCCCUGUGCUACUGCUCCGUGCUGCUUCGGGGGCUGCUGGCUGCCUUGUUGGGCCAUUGGGAAGCCUCUCGCCACCCUGAUACUGCCCACUCCCCCUGGCACCUGGAGGCAUCUUGCACCCUGGUGGCUGUCAUGGCUGAGGGAAGCCUCUUGCCACCAGCCCUAGGUAAUAUGCAUGAGGUAUUUAGCCAACUGGCACCCUUUGAAGUGCGUCUAUUGCUGCUUAGUGUCUGGGGCUUUCUCCGGGAGCAUGGCCCCUUGCCCCAGAAGUUCAUCUUUCAGUCCGAGCGUGGCCGCUUCAUCCGGGACUUCUCCAGGGAAGGUGGAGGUGAAGGAGGACCCCAUCUGGCUGUGCUACACAGUGUCCUCCAUCGCAACAUCGAUCGCCUAGGCCUCUUCUCUGGCCGUUUCCAGGCACCUUCACCGUCCACUCUCCUUCGGCAAGGGACAUAAGCUUUGCCCUGCUGCGGAAGCCGAGGGAGGUUUAGCAGUGAUAGAAAAGACUAACGGUGCUACAGAAGGGUUAAGGUUUAUUUUCUAAGACCCUGACUUAGUGAGCGCUGUCACUUUCUCCCCUAAUCCACCAUUUUUUCUAAAUAAAAUUUGCCGAGUUGAGAC